GUUGCUUAACUUCCUCCUAUUCUGCUUAGUUAACUUUGUAACAGGGACAGUGAUUACCUUAACUUCACUCAGCAAGUUACGGCAUUGUGCUCUAAUUCUGUUCAGCUCAUUAUGGAUCUUGGUAACAAGCAACUUUUGACAUGGAUGGACAAGACCUACUACUAUAUAAUCAAAUGAAAACAUGGAACCUAGAGCUGGCUACAUUGUAGUAUGGGUUGGCCAAGAAGAAAAAAUUGUUUGUGGAUUAACAAAGCAUACAAUCAGUGCAGAUGUUGUGCAAGCUGUUCUUGAGGAACAACAAACUGUAAUGGGUAACAAGCAUGUGCAACUGGGUAAUCCUAAACAGUAUUAUAUCACUGGAAAAUGGAGAGGAUUCCAAUGUACAUUGCCACCUACCACAAAAAUGUUAAAGCUUUGGAAGGCAUGGGGUGCAGAACAAGUUAACGUAAGCUUUUUUCUAGAGAAAUCAGAGCUUAAGCAGCCUUGCUUAAUGUGGAAUACUGCUGAAUAUCACACGCACACAAACUGUCCCCAUCAGAGUACAGCAUCUGUUAUUAAAUCUUUUCCAUUGCAUAAACAGAAAAACAUUGUAAGGAGGGCAUUUAGAAAAUUAGAAGAAAUAAAAAAGGGCAUGGAUCUUCAAGAAAAACACAGCAUAAAAAAAUUUGCUCCAGUAAUCACUUCUCAGAAUCUCACAAUUAAAAAACAAAUUCACAGAAUUCUAGAGUUGGAUGAACAGAUUGAGAAGUACAUGCCAUACCUACAUCUGGACAAAGAAGACGAGGAUGAACAUUCAGCUCACUGCAGGCAGUGCCACUUGAAAGAAGGUACAUUUAAACAGCAGAGAUGCAAAUUUUUACUAGACAAAGAUAGUCUUGGAGAACUAUUAUAUAUUAAAGAUGAAACAAAUAGCCCUUUCAUGCAUACUGAGAUAUUAUCCAAUGAAAUUAAAGAAGAGACCGAUACAAUGCCAAAAUAUCAAUGGGAAGACUUGUGUGCUGGUGAGGAAAACUUAAACCAAACUUGGGACAUGUGUAUGUUGCAAACUCUUAGACAAGCGGUUGAAGAAAGCCUUCAAGUGGAAGUGAAAUUACAUUCUCUCCUUUGCUGCAUGCAAAAGGAAAUCUGCUAUCAUGAUUCUGUUCUACUUAGACAGAAAAGAGAAUAUGAUGUUUUAAAACAAGAGCUAAAAUUAUUAAAUGAAUCAAAUCAUUUAGUGACUUAUGAAUCUCCACAAUCAUACAACCAGUCUGUAAGUACUGGCAACAGUGAAGAGCUUACUAGUGAUACAGAUUCUGAUACAGGAAUUAGUUCUACUUAUAGCCAAAACUCUGAUCCUGUUCUUUGA